UAAAAAUUUAACCCAAGAAAGAAAUCUUAAGAAAGCAUCGGUGUUUGACGGAAGCAACUCCCUCUUCCGUCGCCGAUUUAAAUUCCGGCAGCGACACCAACACCUUCAUAGCAAACGGACGGCAGAAGCAUUCAGAAUAAGAAGCAAAGCAGGGAGACCGUCAAGAGCUGAUUUCAAGACAGUGGAGAACUGAACGGAGCCUGAAACAGAGGGACCGGUAAUUUUCGGACGGAAUUGGGGGUGGCGGUACGAGCUCGACGAUAUUAAAAUAGGAGACAGUAAAUUGUUGAAUAAUGGUUGAGCUACCAAAUGGAGUACCAUCAUACACACAUAUUGAUCAAAAUGAUUUUCGAGGGCACAAACCCAAAAAGCUUAAGGAUGAUGACAUAGCCAUUUGUAACUGUAAAUAUAACCCUAAUGAACCUGAAAGCGCUUGUGGUGAGAGGUGCUUGAAUGUUUUGACCAGCACCGAGUGCACACCUGGUUAUUGUCCUUGCAAUGACUUUUGCAAAAACCAGAAAUUUCAAAAAUGUGAAUACGUCAAAACAAAGUUGUUUCAAACUGAGGGGCGUGGAUGGGGUCUUCUCGCAGAUGAAGAUAUAAAGGCUGGACAAUUUGUAAUUGAAUAUUGCGGGGAGGUAAUAUCUUUGGAAGAAGCAAAACAAAGGGUGCAAAGUUAUGAGUCAGAGGGUCUCAGGGAUGCAUAUAUAAUCUCUUUAAAUUGCAAUAAUUUUAUUGAUGCCACAAAGAAGGGAAGCCUUGCAAGGUUUAUAAAUCAUUCAUGCCUGCCAAACUGUGAGACAAGGAAGUGGACUGUACUAGGAGAAACACGGGUUGGAAUUUUCGCCAAUGUAGAUAUAUGUUCUGGAACAGAAUUGACAUACAACUAUAAUUUUGAGUGGUAUGGUGGUGCCACUGUACGCUGUCUAUGCGGGGCAGCUAACUGCUGUAAAUUUCUUGGUGCAAGAUCCCAGGGAUUUCAGGAAUAUAGCCAUGUUUGGGAAGAGGGAGAUGACAGAUAUAAAGUUGAGGAAGUUCCUCUUUACGACUCUGCCGAAGAUGAGCCUUUUCCACAAAUGUGCAAAACCAUUAGCUCUUUCAAAUUUGAAUCUGUAGAUGGUGCAGGAAUUGAUUAUUCUCUGAAGGCUGAAGGUGACGAGGCAUCUGAAUUGAAGUUGAACUUUGACUCCGUCAAGCCGGGGAGUUCAGUUCUGAUGGGAGAGGUCUCGCUUAAGGAAGAUAUUGUCGUCAGUUUGGACAGUGGUUCUUUAAACAAACAAGGCUCUGAACUCGGCUUUCUCCAGACAACUGAAAUGGCACCUCGCCUUCGGAGUACUAGUGCUGGGCGGAAUUUUAAUGCUGGAGCUAGUCCAUCAAAAAGGAAAUCAAAACAGCAUAAGAGUAAGCAGAAGAAAAGAUCUUCUGGUGGCCAGCAAUUUAAUACCAGAGAUAUUCCAAUACUGUUUCAAUCAAAGGAGGUCCAAGAUGAAGUUCGCAAAUAUGAGGAAUUGAAAAACCAGGCCACCACCGAUCUACAGUCCCUGUAUGACGAAAUACGUCCUGCUAUUGAACAACAUGAAAGCAACAGCCAAGACAGUGUUCCGACAAGUGUAGGAGAGAAGUGGAUAGGAGCACACUGCAACAAAUAUAGGGCUGAUUUUGACUUUAGCUUUUCGAUUAUCAAAAACUUUCUCGAUGCUGCUAAAAAUGCUACCGGUUCUCAGAUACAUGGUCAAAAUUCUGCCGGAGCUGGAAUAUCUGCUCAACCUACUGAUGCCGGAAUGGAAGCUAUAGGAAGUGGAGACCCUGGAAAUGUAUAAAACCAUGGUUUUAUGGCUUUCGUGUACCUUCAGUGAAUUACUUGCAAUAUGAAAACAUAUUUAGUGUCACUUGGAUGAUUGUAGUGAUUUUGGAUUUUUUUUCCUGGUGGUUGGCUUUCUUCCUCUUUUCUUUUGGGUGCGUUUUCCAUAAAAAAAAAAAAGAAUAAAAAACCUUGCUUCUUUACCAGAUAGAUACUGCUAUGGAAGAGUAAACAUAGUCAAUUUUUACUUUAGAAAAAUUUUAAAAAAAUUCCAAUGUUGAUAGUGCAUAUUUUGGAAAAUGUAGAGGGAAUAUUUUCAGGAAGUACAUGAAUGAAACUUCUAAUGGUGAAGAUGUUGAAUUCUCAAGGG